UGAAUAUUCAUGUAAGCUCCACCUUCGGAAACCGAAAAUCUCGAAACACCUGUCCGCUCCCACAUUCCUCUCCACCCACUAAACAGGUUAAUCUCCAUCCUUGAGCUCUAAAGAGGUGCAGCUGGAGGUCAUUUUGCUCUGCAGCGAGCACUACUUGUGUUCAGAGGAGGAUACAGCACUGAUAUAUAAAUCAUAUUGUCAGUUUUAGUGAGUUCACUCUCAAGUCAGGAACAAUGUUUGCACGUGGAGUCAUCGUCCUUCUCUGUGUCCUAGUGGCCGUAUCUGAUGCAGUGAGAGAGCCUGACUGCAGGCCUUACCCGUCUAUAUGCACAAUGAUCUAUAAACCCAAGUGUGGAUCUGAUGGAAAAACAUACAACAAUGAAUGUCUGCUGUGUAUUGCCAUCAGGGCUUCAAAUACUCAAAUCUUAAUCGUGAAGGAAGGUGAAUGUGAUCAUCCUCUACAGCCUGACUGCAGGGCUUACUCGUCUAGCGGAUGCCGAGACAUCUAUAAACCUGUGUGUGGAGCUGAUGGAAAAACAUACGGCAAUGAAUGCAAACUGUGUGUUGCCAUGAUGAACUCCGGAACUGGAAUCUUUAAGGUGAAGGAUGGCGAAUGCGAUAAACUUAUGCAGGAGUGACACAGGAAUGGCAGCAUAAUUCAGCUUGACAGACCUUUACUCAGCAUUAUUGUGUCUCAUUCAUUAUAACCUGAAUGUGUAACGGUUUAAUCCUGAAAUAAAUAUAUUUAUUGAA